AGUGCUGACAGAGCGAGGGCAAAGAGUAAACAGGUAGAGGUAGAUGGAGAGAGAGAGAGAGAGAGAGAGAGAGAGAGAGAGAGAGAGACACACACACACACACACACACACACAAGGAGAGUGAGCGACAGACGAGAGAGAAAGAGAGAGACCCCGUGGGCAGAACUCAGACACUGAAACAGUCAUAAUCUUCCAAGGACCAGAACAACACAGGUGAGAGAGAGGCAAGAGAUUCUGACCAUGGCGUCGUUCGAACCUCAGGGCCAGUCUCCUCCUUGCUGUGGCCCCCAGUUCCCCAGCUUGGGCCAGGAACCUCCAGAACUCAGCAUGUACAGUGACUGCUACUAUCCUCCGCCAUCGCUCCCCAGCCCCCAGCGCACCCCCGACACCUCCUACGACUACAGCACCUCCUCCCCCAACCCUUACCUGUGGUUCAACGGAUCCGGCAUCAACGCUCCCCCUUACCUGGCCACUGCCGGGCCUCCGGGUAACCCGGGGCCCCCCUUCGUUCCCCAGCACUAUGGAAUGCAGAGGCCCUACCUGGGGUCCAGCGGGGCGGGGGUCCCUGGGGGGGAGCUGAGCUGGUUCUCUCUGCCCUCACAGGAAGACCUGAUGAAGCUGGUACGCCCGCCCUACUCCUACUCUGCCCUCAUCGCCAUGGCGAUCCACGGCGCCCCGGAGCGGCGGCUGACCCUGAGUCAGAUCUACCAGUACGUGGCCGAUAACUUCCCCUUCUACAACAAGAGCAAGGCUGGCUGGCAGAACUCCAUCAGGCACAACCUGUCACUUAACGACUGCUUCAAGAAGGUCCCCAGAGACGAGGACGAUCCUGGUAAGGGUAACUACUGGACACUAGACCCAAACUGUGAGAAGAUGUUUGACAAUGGAAACUUCCGUCGUAAGAGGAAGAGGAAGUCUGAUUUGCUGUCUGGAGGAGAGGGGGAGUCAGUAGGGCUGGAGACCGGUGAUCCCAAUGACCGGGGGAGUCCCCAACCCCCCAGCAACCAUGGGAUCGACAUGUCCCCCACGCCAGAGAGAAUCCCCUCCCCUUCCUCCUCAGGUACCGCCCCUUGCCUGAGCAGCUUCCUGUCUGAGAUGUCUGGAGUGGCGUCUGGGGGAGCCAAUGUAAUCGGAGGAGAUUCGCUGAACCAUGCCCUGCCCAUAACCCUUACCCUGGACGGGACCCAGAGGCCUACACAGCCUGGGAGUUUUGGUAGUUACUGCCCUAGCUCAGGUGCUUCGGAGUGGGCUUCCCAGCUACCGCCUCCUCCUGGCCUCUCCUCCUCGCCCACCCACUCCUCCCUGGGUUACAGCAGCCCCAUCCUCAGCCAGUUCAAUGGGCAUUUCUACCCUGGCUUGGGCUCAGCAAGCAUCCUAUACCCACGGGAAGGCACAGAGGUCUGAAGAGACUGAUAGAGAGGGAGACAAGGAUGGGCAGAAGACAACGAGAGGUCUGAAGAGACUGAUAGAGAGGGAGACAAGGAUGGGCAGAAGACAACGAGAGGUCUGAAGAGACUAAUAGAGGGGGAGACAAGGAUGGGCAGAAGACAACUAGAGGUCUGAAGAGACUAAAGAAAGAAGGAGAGUGAGAAAGAGACUUCUACCUGAGACUGAACUGCCUGCACAUACACACACACACACACACACACACACACACACACACACACACACACUAGUCCGUUAGCGCUGACAGGGCAGGGCUUAGUUGCGUGUGACAGCAGGAUGAGCAGGGCCUGGUUCCCAAGGAAACAGCAGAGUCAGCCAUGACACACAAAUCUAUAAUUGCUGACUGUCAUGACAUUUUGUAUAUAUUUGUAUUUGUAUUUAAGGUGUGUAUUUUAUUGGUUAUGUAUGUGUUUUUGUCUCUGAGUGCUUGCGUCUAAAACAUUUGUUCAACAUGUGCCAUUGUAGAAUAGUGAUUUGCGAUGGAUGGCGCAGACCUGGGUUCAGAUACAUGUGUAUUGAGUAUUUGUUAUUCAAAUAUUUUGUUCUGUGUAUUUAAGUAUUUUCAAAUAAACAGCUCAAAACAAGUACUUUUAAUUGAGCAUUUGAAUGGUUAUUUGUGAAAAAAAAACAAAUAGUCAACCAAAUUGAAUCUGAAAGUAUUUUCAAAUAUUUAUUUCAUAUACUCGUAUUUGAGUAUUUCCUACUACUUUCUAAGUGUAUUUGAGUAUUUCCUACUACUUUCUAAGUGUAUUUGAGUAUUUCCUUCUACUUUCUAAGUGUAUUUGAGUAUUUCCUACUACUUUCUAAGUGUAUUUUAGUAUUUCCUUCUACUUUCUAAGUGUAUUUGAGUAUUUCCUACUACUUUCUAAGUGUAUUUGAGCAUUUCCUACUUUCUAAGUGUAUUUACAAAUACAUUUCAAUAUUCAGCUACUUGCUUUUGUUUUCAAAUAAAUUUGAUCUGAAUACUUGUUUUGAAAUGUAUUGAAAAGUAAUUGAAAUACCUUAAAUAGCAUUUGAACCCAGGUCUGGUAUGGCUUAUACCAACAUUGGUCUGAUGUUUGUUUUUGAUAAGAAUAAUAAAAUACAGCAAAACUUUC